AGCUUUUUCUAAUGGCGUCCACCGUUCGCUUCCCGCCUUCGUUCCUCCGUGCUACCCCAAACCCUAGCUCUGCUUUUCUCUCAUCUAAGCCCUUGAUUGUCCCUCCUCGUCGGGUCGGAGUUUUCGGGGAUUCAAUGCGCGAAGAGGAGGGGGAAGCAGCGGUACCCCUCUGAGAAAGAAGAAGCUCCGUAGAAUGGCCGAAACUCUAGUCAAGAGCGACAUUAAAAACCGAAAGGAGGGGUUUUGGAGGCUCUCGAAGCUUGGUGUUCCUCUUAGUAAGGAUCCUGGGAAGGAUUUUGUUGGUGUGUCGCCGCCGUUGCUCGAGGCCAUCGCUAAGGUUCUUGAGUUUCCGGUUGCUUCAAUGCUGCCACAUGAAGCAUUCUUCGUCGUCAGGAAAUCCUUUGAUGCAAGGAAGCUGCUGAAAGAACCUGAGUUUGUUUAUACAGUGGAUAUGGAUGUUAAGCAAUUACUUGAAUUGGAGCCUCGCACUUGGGACUUUAUUGAUCGCUUAGAAUAUAAAGUUGGGCUGGUGGAGUAUAUGCCCAGUGAGACGGUUUCUCUUGAUUUGAUCAGCAUUAUACAUGAUUCGAAAGACAAUAAAGAAGGAAAACAAGAAAUGGAUAGUAGUAAUUCAUACAAGUUUCCCCAUCCUAGGCCUAAGGUAGCAGUUGUAGGUAGCGGACCAUCAGGCUUGUUUGCUUGCCUUGUGCUUGUGGAACUUGGUGCAGAGGUUACCUUAAUAGAAAGGGGGCAGCCAGUUGAACAACGAGGGCGUGACAUUGGUGCUCUAGUAGCCCGGAGGAUCUUGCAAUCGGAUAGCAAUUUUUGCUUUGGAGAGGGUGGUGCAGGUACAUGGAGUGAUGGAAAACUGGUAACCAGAAUUGGAAGGAACAGUGACAGUGUUCAAGCUGUGAUGAAGACUUUGGUUCGCUUUGGAGCCCCUAUGGAUAUCUUAAUUGAUGGAAAACCUCAUCUGGGAACAGAUCGGUUGAUUCCAUUGCUACGUAACUUCCGAAAUCAUUUAGAAGAGUUGGGUGUUAUUUUAAAGUUCAGCACUAGAAUGGAUGAUUUGAUUGUGGAAAAUAAAAAUGUCCUGGGGGUCAAAGUUUCCAACGUUAGGCAGGACCCUGGUUCUGGCAGCUAUAACUUAUUUUAUGAUGCUGUUGUUCUGGCAGUUGGCCACUCGGCUCGAGAUGUAUAUCAAAUGCUCCUUCAGCACAAUGUGGGUUUAAUUCCCAAGGAUUUCGCUGUUGGCCUAAGAAUUGAGCAUCCACAGGAACUAAUAAAUAGCAUACAAUAUUCCGCUCUGGCCGCCGAAGUUCGUGAAGGGCGUGGAAAGGUACCUGUUGCAGAUUAUAAAUUGGUGAAGUAUGUUGGCGAAGGGAAUGCUGACACAAGCUCUGAUUUGGGAGAUCAAACUCGGAGCUGUUAUUCCUUCUGCAUGUGCCCUGGUGGACAGGUGGUUCUAACCAGCACUGAUCCAUCUGAACUUUGCAUCAAUGGCAUGUCUUUUUCUCGGCGUGCAUCUAGAUGGGCAAAUGCAGCAGUUGUUAUCACUGUUUCUUCAAAUGAUUUUGAUGCCUUCAAAUGUCAUGGGCCUCUUGCUGGUGUUGAAUUUCAGAGAGAAUUUGAAAAACAAGCCGCUCUAAUGGGCGGAGGAAGUUUUGUUGUCCCUGCACAGACAGUCACCGACUUCCUCAACAACAAAUUGUCCGUGACAUCAUUGCCUCUGUCAAGUUACCGCUUGGGGGUGAAGGCAGCAAAUCUCCACAACUUGUACCCUGCUCCAAUAACCCAAGCUCUGCAACAUUCAAUUUCAAUGUUCGACAAAGAGCUACCAGGUUUCAUCUCCAAAGACGCCCUUCUCCACGGUGUCGAGACGAGAACUAGCGCGCCACUAAAGAUUUCCCGGCAUUCUGAUACUUACGAGAGCACAUCACUGAACAGGCUGUAUCCAACCGGAGAAGGCGCAGGCUACGCCGGCGGCAUUGUCAGUGCUGCUGUUGAUGGUAUGUACUGUGGUUUUGCUUUAGCUAAAAAACUGAAUCUUUUUCAGGGUGAUACCGAAUCAAUACUCGGCAAAGCCCAGAAAAACACCGGGUUUGUUAAAUACUAGAAUUGCAUUGUUCUAUUGAUCUUUCCAAUCUUAUCAGAGUUACAAAAUUGAUUGAAUGAAUUCCAAUGUUGUUUGUUA